AUGACUCAGCUUAAACUAGAAGCAAUUGCUGAUGGUCAGGAAGUUUUUUUGUUCGACAAGUCAUUAAUAUCACCAGGUGCAAAAACCUAUGCGGAAAACGGGUUGGUUGGAAAAGAAGAUCGAGGGCCUCCAUUAGCCCUCCCACCUCGACCAGCUGUAAAUACAACAAGCAGUUUAUCUGAUCGAUUCAUGACUCAUUCGGAUUGGACUCAGAAAUGCCUUUUGGUUGGUAAGGACUGUGGAAACAGAGUGAAUGAGCUUCACAUGUCUAUAAAUAUCAUCAAACGUGGUCUCAAGACGUCCCUAGAGCAUAUGAUGCGACACUCUCAGGGAUUGAAGAAAUCGUUUGAUUCGAAAGUCGAUUUUGCUGUUGAUCUGGAUCAGAACAUGCAAGCUACUGGCGAAUGGGAAGUGUAUUUGGAAAAGGUCAAGAAAAUUGAACUUCUUCCUGCAUUUAGAGAACAAGGUGAGGGUCGGGACCGACUUUCUUCGUGGAUAGAUGAAUCUGUGAUACGGAAAGCUAAUAAGCAAUGUAGUGAAUUCGACCAAAAAAUACAAAACAACAUCUCUCAUUUAGUCAAGGUGGUAAAUGAAGUGAUUGAACGAAGCACUCGUCUUGAACAAGAUGCAAUGGCUAUGGCAUCUAAAGAUGCUGAAAGUGAUGUACCAGCAGAAGCGACUUCUCGUCAUGUUCGAGAGUUGUUACAGGACUUGACUGCUCUUGCAAAUAAGAUCCAACGUGAUUCCGAGUCUAUCGGAGGAGUUUCCGAGCAGACUGCCGUUCGGAUCGAAAACCUCCACAAACGAGAGUUUUUUCCUCAGAUAGAGGCGACUGUGAAUGAACUAAUUGGUAUACACGAGGAGUGGCAGAAAGCCAAAGUUAAAUGCCAAAACCUGGCUAUUGGAUAUUUAUCCACACUAUCGCAUAUCCAGUACGAUACUAGUAUGGUACGACCUGAACUACAGAAGCUUACAAUGUUGUUACAAACAACUGAAGAUUUACGUGCGACAGUAGCUCAGGUUAUUGACCUGCCCUUUUUAUAUGGUGCCCUAAUUAUUGAAACGGUGAGGCGAAACCAUUGGACUGGUUACAUUCGUGAAAACGUGUCUCAGACAGCUGAAUCUCUUGCUACCAAGAGAUUAGAUGAGAUAAAAAGAAGGAAGAAAUGGAAAAACCAUUAUGGCAAGAUAUUGCCCAAGGUAGUAGAUAUUAUUAACGAGGACAUUGCCGAGAUUGAGGUUAAUUUCGUUAGUGGGGAGGUGAAUGGUGAUGGCGAUGCUUCAAGCACUGAUUCUGAUCAAGUACAGGCAUAUAUUAAACUUUUAACGAGUCUUGGUCUGAGAGAGGCCGCCGAAGAACUGGAACAAGAACAUCAGAGUAUGUUAAGCCAACUGGAAUCGGACAUUGCUGAUAAGAACUUGGCCAAACUAGAAACUACUAAACAGUCUGAUCAUCACACUGACACAUCUUCCCCUGCAAAAGUUUUCAAGUCGGGUACACUUGCUGAAGCUUAUACAGAUGAAAAUGCGGCCUUGACGGCUAAACUAAAGGGAUACGAGUCUCGAAUUCGUAUCCUAGAAGACCUUCUUCAUAAACAGCAGUUUCGCGGUGAAUCCACUCGAAGCGAAGCCAAUCGCAGAUCUGCCUCGCGGGAUAAAAGCCAUAGUCCAGGCUCUCCCCGUAUGAUUGAGAGACUGCAUUUCCUCGAGACCCAAAAGUCGAAUGAUUCGAAAAUAAUUGCCCAACUCGAACAGGAGAAACGAGAGCUGGCGGAGUCUCUGUCCGCAAAAGAGCUGGCUCUGAAGGAUGUCAUGACUGUCAAGUCUGAUUUAUUAGCUAAUAUGCUUUCACAGGAAACAGAAUUUAUCCAGGAACGCAAAGCGCAUCAUGAAGAGGUCAACGAACUGAAGAGUCGGAUAGACGAGUUGGAGCUCGAUCUUGACAGAGCAGAUGAGAAACUCCAGCUAGAAAACGACCAGCUUCGGGAGGAGGUCGAUUCGUAUAAAGAAAAGAUUGAACAGCUCGAACAGGAGAAUUCUAAUCUUAAACAGCAAGAAGAGAAGCUUCAUAAGAAAAUUGAAUACUAUGAUACACGGACGCGUGAUCUUUCACAACGGUUGUUCACUGGAUUCAAACGCAGCUGUGAAGUUCUCGAAUCAAUGGGAUUACAAGUUACCAAGGAAAUGGAUGGCAAUCUGAUAACUUUCAAGGUGAACAGAGUGCGAGGUCUUGGCCGCCGGUCCAGUGCCGCCAGAAGCGAGAUAUUAGAACAGUCUCUUGAGGAAAAUGGUAACGGAAACAUGGUAUCCAAUCCCACACUCAACGAAGCCACUCCUGAAGACCUGAGAGUGUUGUACUGGAUGGACGGUGAACCAGACGAAGAAAGAUACCGCGAAUUUAUCAAUGAGAUUUAUAUUGACUAUGAUAUUUUCCGAGAUAGUGCCUGUAAACGAUUACGAGAUGUCGAACACCUCGCCCGAAAACUCCAGAAAGAGUCGAAACAUUUGCGAGAACGCAAAACCCAGAUCGAAGAAGAACUGCAAUCGCGUCUUUCACUGCGCUCGUUCAAAGUUGGCGACCUCGCACUUUUCCUCCCCACUCGUGAUCCGACCCGAGUCCCUAAUCCCUGGGCUGCAUUUAACGUCAAUGCCCCUCACUACUUCCUCAAACAAGAAGAUUCGCACCAGCUGUCCAAUCGAGAAUACCUCGUGGGCCGCAUAACUCACAUUGAAGAGAGGGUAGUUAACAAAUCCCUAGACAACGAUGAGGACAACCCCUUCGAUCUAAGUGACGGACUGCGGUGGUAUCUCCUAGACGCUGUUCCUGCUGAAUGGUAA